AUGGAUAAAGAUGAUGAGACGCAAGACGUUAAACAUGGUGAAUACAAUAUAAUGAAGGAAGAAGAUGUCGCUCAAGAUACUCAUUUGGAUGCUUGCUGCAUCUGCCAGGACUUAGUGGACGUUUGGAAGCAAGGAUUCUUAUCCAAUUGUGACCAUUGUUUUCACUAUGACUGUAUUGUAACCUGGUCGAAAGUCACUAACCUCUGUCCUUUAUGCAAGACCAAGUUUAAUGCUGUCACUCGACAGGACGCUCAAGGUGUUGAAGUGCAUCGAACAGUCAUUAAGGACACUAAUCAAGUGUAUCGACCCGACCCAUUGGAUCAUGACAUUGCUGCACAAUUGCAGCUUGUUAACGAAAUACGAUGUGAAUUUUGUGGCUCUGGAGACGACGAGCACGUGCUGCUACUAUGCGAAGCACUGGGCUGUGGAGUCGCCAAUCAUACUUACUGUAUUGGCUUACGCACAGUCCCAAACACGUCGUGGUAUUGCUCAAGACAUGCAACAACCCAGCAAAGAGCUAGUGAUGCUAUUGAACGACCAGCGACGACGGUGACUACUCGCCGUCGGACGCGAAGACUAGCGACUUUGAUGUCGAAUGUACUUCGUGGACGUGGCGGAUCAACAGCAACGAGGUCUCAUCGACAAGGAACUCCUGGUUUUGUUGCAGUGGAAGAAGUGGAAGACCGAAGACCGAUGCGAGGGGUUGCUGCAUCCUAUGCGUUGAGGAUGUCAAGAGAAUUGAUGCGGGUGCAACAACGAGCUGAUGCUAUGUUCGCACGCGGAGAUUUGACACAUCCCUCGUUGUAUGGACAAGGAGAGAGUUCUUCGUUGAGCAAUACUCGAUAUGGAACACGAUCGACUGUAGCUGCAUCGGGGCCCUCAUCGAUUGAUCAGAUGUGGGACGACCAAAACCGAAGUAGACAAGAACUCGCGGCAGCAGCAAUCGCAGCGCAUGAUCAUGGCUUUAUCGAUGAUACUAUCAGCAACACGCGACCAGAUCAGCGUAUGAACAGAGUAUCCAAUACAUUUGCUCCGGAAUACUGUGCGCUUGCAAAGCUGAUGCACGAUGCUGUAAGUAGUGAUAAUUACGCAUCAUCCGUGGCAUUGUUGAUACCUAAGACGGCCAAGCUGAGGUUAGUAUCACGUGUUAAAACGUUUUUUGGCCGGCUCAACCAAAAGGAAAAGGCUGCUGCAGUUGAAUUGGGUAGCCUGUCAGUCCUGCAUCAUUGGAUUCAGCAGGAUGGCGGCAAUACCGCAUCGUCCCCCAAUCUACAGGUACUUGAUGCCGUGCUAGCCAUCUUGGAGACGCUGCCCGUGCGAAAAGAAGAUCUUGUGGAGGAGGAAGGGUUGCAAGCCACACUAGCCAAGCUUUCAGAGCUUUCAGAAGUUAACAUCGAAAUACGCCAGCGAAUUAUUAAACUGAGUGAAAAAUGGUGCGAGCUGAAUCCUCCAGCACCACGUGAGUCUCUACAACCUCAAGUAAGGCAACACAUAUCAUCUCCUGUUAGUGCGGCGCAGGAUUUGCCAGUCAUUACUGCGUUCACCUCUCCAACGCGGCCAGUACGGCCAAAAGGCGAAUGGAAGCGAAAGCGUGAUGCCUGGUCCGAUGCUGUUGUCGAGUACGUGAAAGCCAAGCUGUACCCACUUUACAAACAGAACAAUGGCGUUGGAAACUUGACACGAGAACGAUUUAAGUCGAUCGUAAAAGUGGUAGCAGACCUAUUUUCGCAAGAAGCAUCGUCCAUGCAGUCUGCGGUACUACUUCCUUCCGGCAAGCUUUCCAAUCUUGCGAAAUCACGUGUCAAGAAACUCAUCGACAGAGUGUAUAAGGAAUCAUUCUGCAAAGCUUCUGCUCCACACUCGGCUGCUCCUUUGCUAGGGCGCGCAGCAAUUCCUGCAUUAACGUACUCAGCAGUGCCCGCCAUAAAGCACCAACGUAGAAUUUAA